UGUUUGCGGUUUGCCUAAAACCGUCGUGCAGGUUGUCGAGUCAGGACUGAUUUGUUUGCUUGCCUGACCAUUUGCUGAUAAUAUACCUGACAUGUCAUUCAACGUGAAAAUUGAAAUUUAGUUUGGUGGAAAAAAGCUGUUAACUACUAUUUAUUCAACAUGUUGUCAACAAGGAGUCGAUUCAGGGUACUGAGUGAAAUAGCAGAGGAAGAGUUGGCAGAGUUGUCUCAGAAUAGUCACGGAGAUCAGGAAGCUGGACGUGCUCAAAUCGAGGCUCGCCGUGACCAAAGACGAGCUAAAAUAACUCAGGAAUUAUUCGAAACAGAGAAAACCUACCUCAAUCAUCUAGAACUCAUAAAUAAACAUUUUGACUUUUCGUUGCGGUUUAAUUGUCUUAUCCCUGAGGAUGUUCAUGGUCAGAUCUUUAGCAAUGUGGAACAGAUCAUGGAAGUGAACAAAACAUUGCUAGAACACAUGGAACAGACCACUGUUGGUGAAGCCUUUAAGCACCUGGGACCAUUCCUGAAGCUCUACUCAUCGUAUGCCAACAACCAUGAAAAUGCCAUUACUUUACUACAGGAAUGGAGGCAGAAAAGUCCUGGCUUUAAUGAAUUUAUACAGAAACAGGAAGAGAGACCAGACAUGAUGGGGUUAAAGGUCAAUGCACUACUUAUAACUCCAGUACAGAGAGUUCCUAGGUACAAGUUACUGUUGGAAGAUCUAUUAGAAAACACUUCAACAGAUCACCAUGACUAUGAGGCAUUAAGAGAGGCUGUUCAGAAAGUCAGUGACAUAGCCAUUCAUAUAAAUAAUCAUAUUAAGCAACAUGAAAACUUCCAAAAAAUGCUCAGCAUACAGAAAUGCUUUGACAAGUCUGCACCAAAAAUCCUCACUCCAGGCCGAGAAUUCAUCAGGGAAGGGAUUCUGAAAAAGGUUUCCAAAAGAGGUGGAAAACCCCACGACAGGAUGUUCUUCCUGUUCUCAGACAUCUUGAUUUACGGGAAACCUCGGCUACUGGACAGUAUUACUAACUCGUACACCUGCUGUUGUGUGCUGCCACUGAAACACUGUCAACUAGAAACUGUGUUUGGGGGCACUAAACGGGGUACACAGGAAAAGGCAGAGGCAGGGGGCAUGUUCAAGAUAACCUGUAAAGAUGAGAGUUUACUGCUGUUUUCAAAUGAUCCAGAUGACAUGAAAAGCUGGAUUAAAGAACUGGAUUCAGCCAUCAGGAGACUGAGUAACAAUCGAUCUACGUUAAGGAAACCAAGCAGCAACAAGGCUCCGAUGAGGGGAAGGUCACUAUGGAAACAACGUAAACUAGAGAAACAGAGAGAUCAACAGAUUCGUCGCAUUAUCCAGAAAGAUGAAUCUGAGUGUACUAAAUUAUCUCCAUUGAAGCUCAUAUCAGAAAUAGACACCAAUAAAUGCCUGUCUCCUUGGAAACGAGCUAAAUUGUGCUCUUCUGAACUUUCCUCCACACCUUUGGGAAUUUCUCAGACCCGAAGUGGACGACCAAUUAGACCACCUCCACCACAGCCAGAGUUCUCAGAAAAUAUUCCACCAAGAGUGGAUCUAGAAAAUGGCCCUGUGUUUUCCCCUAUAGUUCCACAUUCUGAUAAGCCUGACAGUGAAGAUGAAGAUUCCUUCUUGCAGAUGACAAUGGGGGACAUAGGGAAUGCUACUGUAGAAUUUGACUCAUUCUGUAGAUCAGGGAAAGAUGAAAAAGUAACCAUAGAAAAAGGUACAAAGAGGAGUGUGAUGGUCCAUGGUAGGGAGGGCCGGACAGGAUCCAGAUUGUAUGGUCAAGAACACCUGACAAGACGACCACUAGAAAGGUUGUCAGAGAGAGGUAAAACCCUCAGAAAAAGAUGUACAAGUGCUUUAGAGAGUGCCCAGACUCGGAUUAAUGAGACAAAGUCCUACUGUAACGUUCAGUGAAAACUAACAUCUCAGGAGGGCCACAGUGUGUAUCCUGUGACCAAGUGAUCCACAGUGUAUCAUGUGACCAAGUGAUCCACAGUGUGUAUCAUGUGAUUAAGUGAUCCACAGAGUGUAUCGUGACCAAGUGAUCCAAGGUGUGUAUCAUGUGACCAAGUGAUCCACAGAUAUUACAUUAUUUAAGAAAAGUUUAUAACUGAAUACUUAAUAAAAGUAUCAUCUAACUAAGGAACCUUUAUUAAUCUAGUGCAUCUAUGUGUAUUAUGUUGUUUGAAAAAUUUAUGUUUCUUGGUGUGCAUGCUGAAAAUUUUGUUUGAAAUCUGAAAAGGGUUCUAAAAAAGGUGGUAUCAUGAUCUAGAUAUUUUUUAUUCUUAGCAGAUAAUGCAUUUUAAUUGCUAUGAAUGAAAUGCUUUAAAAUAUGAAAAAGAGUUGCAUGUACAGUGCAUGAUCAUGCAUCUCUGGUUUUGGUGCAAUAUACUUUUUCUUUUCAAACUAAAAAGUUAAUUUUUUACAUAUUUUUAAGUCUAUGUUCACUUGAACCUUUACAAAUGUAUGUACAUGAAAAUGAGAUAAUUUUUAAAUUGUACCUGUUGCAAACAUAUUAAUACAAGAAUAAUUUCUGUAUUGGAAAGCUUCCUUGUUCUUUCCACAUCUGCAGAGAUUGAUUCCCUUUGGUAAACUUUAAAUGUCAUACGUGUCCAUGUAUGCAUCAUGACAGUAAACAGAGAUAUUUAUUCCUAAGAGCUCUACUUUUUGUUUCUUGUGGAAUUCCAUGUUGAUGUUUAAUACAUUAAAAUCAUUUUUUGUUUGAAGAAAACAAAACAUGAUUAAUAAUCUGAUCGAAAUGUACAAGAUCAUCUUAUUUUAUUGUUCUUUUGAUUUUUAAUAACCACAUCCAUUACAGAUUUUAACACAGUUAUUCAAGUAUCUCAAAACAUAUUUUUUUUUAAUGUAGCAAUAACAAAAAGCAUGAUACAUGUACAUAUAACUUUUCAGUAUUAUUGAGAUAAAGGUUAGUGGGCUCAAUUUGUAAAUGUGUAUUCCAUGUGUGUAAUAUUCUGAAUUGUUUAAUUUUUUUUUUUACUUCAUAUCAUACUUAAUAAUAUCAUCCGUAAUAAUACAUAUACUGGGUAUUUGGUUUU